GCCGCCGAGAGCUGGGAAGCGGUGCUGCGCUCCCGAGGUUGUGUCGUGGGCGCCGUCCUAGCGGCGUGGAGCGCACCGCGGAGGGGACAUGAGAUCAGAGAAGUCCCUUACGCUGGCUGCGCCGGGGGAGGUCCGCGGGUCCGAGGGGGAGCAACAGGAUGCGGGAGAGUUCCCGGAGGCCGGCGGCGAGGGCUGCUGUAGCAGCGAGCGGCUGGUGAUCAACAUCUCCGGGCUGCGCUUUGAGACGCAGCUGCGCACCUUGUCGCUGUUUCCCGACACGCUGCUUGGAGACCCCGGCCGCCGAGUCCGCUUCUUCGACCCCCUGAGGAACGAGUACUUCUUUGAUCGUAACCGACCCAGCUUCGAUGCCAUCCUGUACUACUACCAGUCGGGGGGCCGCCUGCGGAGGCCUGUCAACGUGCCCCUGGACAUCUUCCUGGAGGAGAUCCGCUUUUACCAACUAGGGGACGAAGCCCUGGCCGCCUUCCGGGAGGACGAGGGCUGCCUGCCUGAAGGUGGCGAAGAUGAGAAGCCACUACCCUCCCAGCCCUUCCAGCGCCAGGUCUGGCUUCUCUUCGAGUACCCGGAGAGCUCAGGGCCUGCCAGGGGCAUCGCCAUCGUCUCUGUGUUGGUCAUCCUCAUCUCCAUCGUCAUCUUUUGCUUGGAGACGUUGCCCCAGUUCCGCGCGGAUGGGCGCGGUGGGACCAAUGAUGGUGGUGUGAGCAGAGUCUCCCCAGUCUCCAGGGGGAGUCAGGAGGAAGAGGAGGAGGAAGAUGAUUCCUAUACAUUUCACCCUGGCAUCCCCCAUGGGGGAGUAGGGACAGGAGGCUCACCCUCACUCAGUACUCUUGGGGGCUCCUUCUUCACUGAUCCCUUCUUUCUGGUGGAAACGCUUUGCAUUGUAUGGUUCACUUUCGAGCUGCUGGUGCGUUUCUCUGCCUGCCCCAGCAAGCCCGCCUUCUUUCGCAACAUCAUGAACAUCAUUGACUUGGUGGCCAUCUUCCCCUACUUCAUCACCCUGGGCACUGAGCUGGUGCAGCAACAGGAGCAGCAAAGUGCAAGUGGUGGGGGUGGCCAGAACGGGCAGCAGGCCAUGUCCCUGGCUAUCCUCAGGGUGAUCCGCCUGGUGCGCGUGUUCCGGAUCUUCAAGCUCUCCCGCCACUCCAAGGGGCUGCAGAUUUUGGGCAAGACCUUGCAGGCGUCCAUGAGGGAACUGGGGCUGCUCAUCUUCUUCCUCUUCAUCGGAGUCAUCCUCUUCUCCAGCGCCGUCUACUUUGCAGAGGCUGAUGAUGACGACUCACUCUUCCCUAGCAUCCCAGAUGCCUUCUGGUGGGCAGUGGUUACAAUGACCACUGUAGGUUAUGGGGAUAUGUAUCCCAUGACCGUGGGAGGUAAGAUCGUGGGCUCUCUGUGCGCCAUUGCUGGGGUCCUCACUAUCGCCCUGCCGGUGCCAGUCAUCGUCUCCAACUUCAACUACUUCUACCAUCGGGAGACAGAUCACGAGGAGCAAGGGCAGUAUACACAUGUCACUUGCGGGCAGCCCACACCAGACCUGAAAGCAACUGACAAUGGACUUGGCAAGCCAGAUUUCUCCGAGGUCCCCCGGGAACGGAGGCCUAGCUACCUUCCCACUCCACAUCGGGCAUUUGCUGAGAAAAGGAUGCUCACAGAGGUUUGACAGAGCGAGCUGGGCCUGCGGGAGAAGGGGAACUCUGAGCAAACCAUCUCUUAGGCUUCCUUCUUAUC